GCUCAAGACGUAUGCCAACUUCCCAGAAGCACCUCAGGAGGAGGCUUCUCUCAGCAAUAGGCUCAAGACGUAUGCCAACUUCCCAGAAGCACCUCAGGAGGAGGCUUCUCUCAGCAAUAGGCUCAAGACGUAUGCCAACUUCCCAGAAGCACCUCAGGAGGAGGCUUCUCUCAGCAAUAGGCUCAAGACGUAUGCCAACUUCCCAGAAGCACCUCAGGAGGAGGCUUCUCUCAGCAAUAGGCUCAAGACGUAUGCCAACUUCCCAGAAGCACCUCAGGAGGAGGCUUCUCUCAGCAAUAGGCUCAAGACGUAUGCCAACUUCCCAGAAGCACCUCAGGAGGAGGCUUCUCUCAGCAAUAGGCUCAAGACGUAUGCCAACUUCCCAGAAGCACCUCAGGAGGAGGCUUCUCUCAGCAAUAGGCUCAAGACGUAUGCCAACUUCCCAGAAGCACCUCAGGAGGAGGCUUCUCUCAGCAAUAGGCUCAAGACGUAUGCCAACUUCCCAGAAGCACCUCAGGAGGAGGCUUCUCUCAGCAAUAGGCUCAAGACGUAUGCCAACUUCCCAGAAGCACCUCAGGAGGAGGCUUCUCUCAGCAAUAGGCUCAAGACGUAUGCCAACUUCCCAGAAGCACCUCAGGAGGAGGCUUCUCUCAGCAAUAGGCUCAAGACGUAUGCCAACUUCCCAGAAGCACCUCAGGAGGAGGCUUCUCUCAGCAAUAGGCUCAAGACGUAUGCCAACUUCCCAGAAGCACCUCAGGAGGAGGCUUCUCUCAGCAAUAGGCUCAAGACGUAUGCCAACUUCCCAGAAGCACCUCAGGAGGAGGCUUCUCUCAGCAAUAGGCUCAAGACGUAUGCCAACUUCCCAGAAGCACCUCAGGAGGAGGCUUCUCUCAGCAAUAGGCUCAAGACGUAUGCCAACUUCCCAGAAGCACCUCAGGAGGAGGCUUCUCUCAGCAAUAGGCUCAAGACGUAUGCCAACUUCCCAGAAGCACCUCAGGAGGGGGCUUCUCUCAGCAAUAGGCUCAAGACGUAUGCCAACUUCCCAGAAGCACCUCAGGAGGGGGCUUCUCUCAGCAAUAGGCUCAAGACGUAUGCCAACUUCCCAGAAGCACCUCAGGAGGAGGCUUCUCUCAGCAAUAGGCUCAAGACGUAUGCCAACUUCCCAGAAGCACCUCAGGAGGAGGCUUCUCUCAGCAAUAGGCUCAAGACGUAUGCCAACUUCCCAGAAGCACCUCAGGAGGAGGCUUCUCUCAGCAAUAGGCUCAAGACGUAUGCCAACUUCCCAGAAGCACCUCAGGAGGAGGCUUCUCUCAGCAAUAGGCUCAAGACGUAUGCCAACUUCCCAGAAGCACCUCAGGAGGAGGCUUCUCUCAGCAAUAGGCUCAAGACGUAUGCCAACUUCCCAGAAGCACCUCAGGAGGAGGCUUCUCUCAGCAAUAGGCUCAAGACGUAUGCCAACUUCCCAGAAGCACCUCAGGAGGAGGCUUCUCUCAGCAAUAGGCUCAAGACGUAUGCCAACUUCCCAGAAGCACCUCAGGAGGAGGCUUCUCUCAGCAAUAGGCUCAAGACGUAUGCCAACUUCCCAGAAGCACCUCAGGAGGAGGCUUCUCUCAGCAAUAGGCUCAAGACGUAUGCCAACUUCCCAGAAGCACCUCAGGAGGAGGCUUCUCUCAGCAAUAGGCUCAAGACGUAUGCCAACUUCCCAGAAGCACCUCAGGAGGAGGCUUCUCUCAGCAAUAGGCUCAAGACGUAUGCCAACUUCCCAGAAGCACCUCAGGAGGAGGCUUCUCUCAGCAAUAGGCUCAAGACGUAUGCCAACUUCCCAGAAGCACCUCAGGAGGAGGCUUCUCUCAGCAAUAGGCUCAAGACGUAUGCCAACUUCCCAGAAGCACCUCAGGAGGAGGCUUCUCUCAGCAAUAGGCUCAAGACGUAUGCCAACUUCCCAGAAGCACCUCAGGAGGAGGCUUCUCUCAGCAAUAGGCUCAAGACGUAUGCCAACUUCCCAGAAGCACCUCAGGAGGAGGCUUCUCUCAGCAAUAGGCUCAAGACGUAUGCCAACUUCCCAGAAGCACCUCAGGAGGAGGCUUCUCUCAGCAAUAGGCUCAAGACGUAUGCCAACUUCCCAGAAGCACCUCAGGAGGAGGCUUCUCUCAGCAAUAGGCUCAAGACGUAUGCCAACUUCCCAGAAGCACCUCAGGAGGAGGCUUCUUUCAGCAAUAGGCUCAAGACGUAUGCCAACUUCCCAGAAGCACCUCAGGAGGAGGCUUCUCUCAGCAAUAGGCUCAAGACGUAUGCCAACUUCCCAGAAGCACCUCAGGAGGAGGCUUCUCUCAGCAAUAGGCUCAAGACGUAUGCCAACUUCCCAGAAGCACCUCAGGAGGAGGCUUCUCUCAGCAAUAGGCUCAAGACGUAUGCCAACUUCCCAGAAGCACCUCAGGAGGAGGCUUCUCUCAGCAAUAGGCUCAAGACGUAUGCCAACUUCCCAGAAGCACCUCAGGAGGAGGCUUCUCUCAGCAAUAGGCUCAAGACGUAUGCCAACUUCCCAGAAGCACCUCAGGAGGAGGCUUCUCUCAGCAAUAGGCUCAAGACGUAUGCCAACUUCCCAGAAGCACCUCAGGAGGGGGCUUCUCUCAGCAAUAGGCUCAAGACGUAUGCCAACUUCCCAGAAGCACCUCAGGAGGAGGCUACUCUCAGCAAUAGGCUCAAGACGUAUGCCAACUUCCCAGAAGCACCUCAGGAGGAGGCUUCUCUCAGCAAUAGGCUCAAGACGUAUGCCAACUUCCCAGAAGCACCUCAGGAGGAGGCUUCUCUCAGCAAUAGGCUCAAGACGUAUGCCAACUUCCCAGAAGCACCUCAGGAGGAGGCUUCUCUCAGCAAUAGGCUCAAGACGUAUGCCAACUUCCCAGAAGCACCUCAGGAGGAGGCUUCUCUCAGCAAUAGGCUCAAGACGUAUGCCAACUUCCCAGAAGCACCUCAGGAGGAGGCUUCUCUCAGCAAUAGGCUCAAGACGUAUGCCAACUUCCCAGAAGCACCUCAGGAGGAGGCUUCUCUCAGCAAUAGGCUCAAGACGUAUGCCAACUUCCCAGAAGCACCUCAGGAGGAGGCUUCUCUCAGCAAUAGGCUCAAGACGUAUGCCAACUUCCCAGAAGCACCUCAGGAGGAGGCUUCUCUCAGCAAUAGGCUCAAGACGUAUGCCAACUUCCCAGAAGCACCUCAGGAGGGGGCUUCUCUCAGCAAUAGGCUCAAGACGUAUGCCAACUUCCCAGAAGCACCUCAGGAGGAGGCUUCUCUCUGCAAUAGGCUCAAGACGUAUGCCAACUUCCCAGAAGCACCUCAGGAGGAGGCUUCUCUCAGCAAUAGGCUCAAGACGUAUGCCAACUUCCCAGAAGCACCUCAGGAGGAGGCUUCUCUCAGCAAUAGGCUCAAGACGUAUGCCAACUUCCCAGAAGCACCUCAGGAGGAGGCUUCUCUCAGCAAUAGGCUCAAGACGUAUGCCAACUUCCCAGAAGCACCUCAGGAGGAGGCUUCUCUCAGCAAUAGGCUCAAGACGUAUGCCAACUUCCCAGAAGCACCUCAGGAGGGGGCUUCUCUCAGCAAUAGGCUCAAGACGUAUGCCAACUUCCCAGAAGCACCUCAGGAGGAGGCUUCUCUCAGCAAUAGGCUCAAGACGUAUGCCAACUUCCCAGAAGCACCUCAGGAGGAGGCUUCUCUCAGCAAUAGGCUCAAGACGUAUGCCAACUUCCCAGAAGCACCUCAGGAGGAGGCUUCUCUCAGCAAUAGGCUCAAGACGUAUGCCAACUUCCCAGAAGCACCUCAGGAGGGGGCUUCUCUCAGCAAUAGGCUCAAGACGUAUGCCAACUUUCCAGAAGCACCUCAGGAGGAGGCUUCUCUCAGCAAUAGGCUCAAGACGUAUGCCAACUUCCCAGAAGCACCUCAGGAGGAGGCUUCUCUCAGGAAUAGGCUCAAGACGUAUGCCAACUUCCCAGAAGCACCUCAGGAGGGGGCUUCUCUCAGCAAUAGGCUCAAGACGUAUGCCAACUUCCCAGAAGCACCUCAGGAGGAGGCUUCUCUCAGCAAUAGGCUCAAGACGUAUGCCAACUUCCCAGAAGCACCUCAGGAGGAGGCUUCUCUCAGCAAUAGGCUCAAGACGUAUGCCAACUUCCCAGAAGCACCUCAGGAGGAGGCUUCUCUCAGCAAUAGGCUCAAGACGUAUGCCAACUUCCCAGAAGCACCUCAGGAGGAGGCUUCUCUCAGCAAUAGGCUCAAGACGUAUGCCAACUUCCCAGAAGCACCUCAGGAGGAGGCUUCUCUCAGCAAUAGGCUCAAGACGUAUGCCAACUUCCCAGAAGCACCUCAGGAGGAGGCUUCUCUCAGCAAUAGGCUCAAGACGUAUGCCAACUUCCCAGAAGCACCUCAGGAGGAGGCUUCACUCAGCAAUAGGCUCAAGACGUAUGCCAACUUCCCAGAAGCACCUCAGGAGGAGGCUUCUCUCAGCAAUAGGCUCAAGACGUAUGCCAACUUCCCAGAAGCACCUCAGGAGGAGGCUUCUCUCAGCAAUAGGCUCAAGACGUAUGCCAACUUCCCAGAAGCACCUCAGGAGGAGGCUUCACUCAGCAAUAGGCUCAAGACGUAUGCCAACUUCCCAGAAGCACCUCAGGAGGAGGCUUCUCUCAGCAAUAGGCUCAAGGCGUAUGCCAACUUCCCAGAAGCACCUCAGGAGGAGGCUUCUCUCAGCAAUAGGCUCAAGACGUAUGCCAACUUCCCAGAAGCACCUCAGGAGGAGGCUUCUCUCAGGAAUAGGCUCAAGACGUAUGCCAACUUCCCAGAAGCACCUCAGGAGGAGGCUUCUCUCAGCAAUAGGCUCAAGACGUAUGCCAACUUCCCAGAAGCACCUCAGGAGGAGGCUUCUCUCAGCAAUAGGCUCAAGACGUAUGCCAACUUCCCAGAAGCACCUCAGGAGGAGGCUUCUCUCAGCAAUAGGCUCAAGACGUAUGCCAACUUCCCAGAAGCACCUCAGGAGGAGGCUUCUCUCAGCAAUAGGCUCAAGACGUAUGCCAACUUCCCAGAAGCACCUCAGGAGGAGGCUUCUCUCAGCAAUAGGCUCAAGACGUAUGCCAACUUCCCAGAAGCACCUCAGGAGGAGGCUUCUCUCAGCAAUAGGCUCAAGACGUAUGCCAACUUCCCAGAAGCACCUCAGGAGGAGGCUUCUCUCAGCAUUAGGCUCAAGACGUAUGCCAACUUCCCAGAAGCACCUCAGGAGGAGGCUUCUCUCAGCAAUAGGCUCAAGACGUAUGCCAACUUCCCAGAAGCACCUCAGGAGGAGGCUUCUCUCAGCAAUAGGCUCAAGACGUAUGCCAACUUCCCAGAAGCACCUCAGGAGGAGGCUUCUCUCAGCAAUAGGCUCAAGACGUAUGCCAACUUCCCAGAAGCACCUCAGGAGGAGGCUUCUCUCAGCAAUAGGCUCAAGACGUAUGCCAACUUCCCAGAAGCACCUCAGGAGGAGGCUUCUCUCAGCAAUAGGCUCAAGACGUAUGCCAACUUCCCAGAAGCACCUCAGGAGGAGGCUUCUCUCAGCAAUAGGCUCAAGACGUAUGCCAACUUCCCAGCAGCACCUCAGGAGGGGGCUUCUGUCAGCAAUAGGCUCAAGACGUAUGCCAACUUCCCAGAAGCACCUCAGGAGGAGGCUUCUCUCAGCAAUAGGCUCAAGACGUAUGCCAACUUCCCAGAAGCACCUCAGGAGGAGGCUUCUCUCAGCAAUAGGCUCAAGACGUAUGCCAACUUCCCAGAAGCACCUCAGGAGGAGGCUUCUCUCAGCAAUAGGCUCAAGACGUAUGCCAACUUCCCAGAAGCACCUCAGGAGGAGGCUUCUCUCAGCAAUAGGCUCAAGACGUAUGCCAACUUCCCAGAAGCACCUCAGGAGGAGGCUUCUCUCAGCAAUAGGCUCAAGACGUAUGCCAACUUCCCAGAAGCACCUCAGGAGGAGGCUUCUCUCAGCAAUAGGCUCAAGACGUAUGCCAACUUCCCAGAAGCACCUCAGGAGGAGGCUUCUCUCAGCAAUAGGCUCAAGACGUAUGCCAACUUCCCAGAAGCACCUCAGGAGGAGGCUUCUCUCAGCAAUAGGCUCAAGACGUAUGCCAACUUCCCAGAAGCACCUCAGGAGGAGGCUUCUCUCAGCAUUAGGCUCAAGACGUAUGCCAACUUCCCAGAAGCACCUCAGGAGGAGGCUUCUCUCAGCAAUAGGCUCAAGACGUAUGCCAACUUCCCAGAAGCACCUCAGGAGGAGGCUUCUCUCAGCAAUAGGCUCAAGACGUAUGCCAACUUCCCAGAAGCACCUCAGGAGGAGGCUUCUCUCAGCAAUAGGCUCAAGACGUAUGCCAACUUCCCAGAAGCACCUCAGGAGGAGGCUUCUCUCAGCAAUAGGCUCAAGACGUAUGCCAACUUCCCAGAAGCACCUCAGGAGGAGGCUUCUCUCAGCAAUAGGCUCAAGACGUAUGCCAACUUCCCAGAAGCACCUCAGGAGGAGGCUUCUCUCAGCAAUAGGCUCAAGACGUAUGCCAACUUCCCAGAAGCACCUCAGGAGGAGGCUUCUCUCAGCAAUAGGCUCAAGACGUAUGCCAACUUCCCAGAAGCACCUCAGGAGGAGGCUUCUCUCAGCAAUAGGCUCAAGACGUAUGCCAACUUCCCAGAAGCACCUCAGGAGGAGGCUUCUCUCAGCAAUAGGCUCAAGACGUAUGCCAACUUCCCAGAAGCACCUCAGGAGGAGGCUUCUCUCAGCAAUAGGCUCAAGACGUAUGCCAACUUCCCAGAAGCACCUCAGGAGGAGGCUUCUCUCAGCAAUAGGCUCAAGACGUAUGCCAACUUCCCAGAAGCACCUCAGGAGGAGGCUUCUCUCAGGAAUAGGCUCAAGACGUAUGCCAACUUCCCAGAAGCACCUCAGGAGGAGGCUUCUCUCAGCAAUAGGCUCAAGACGUAUGCCAACUUCCCAGAAGCACCUCAGGAGGAGGCUUCUCUCAGCAAUAGGCUCAAGACGUAUGCCAACUUCCCAGAAGCACCUCAGGAGGAGGCUUCUCUCAGCAAUAGGCUCAAGACGUAUGCCAACUUCCCAGAAGCACCUCAGGAGGAGGCUUCUCUCAGCAUUAGGCUCAAGACGUAUGCCAACUUCCCAGAAGCACCUCAGGAGGAGGCUUCUCUCAGCAAUAGGCUCAAGACGUAUGCCAACUUCCCAGAAGCACCUCAGGAGGAGGCUUCUCUCAGCAAUAGGCUCAAGACGUAUGCCAACUUCCCAGAAGCACCUCAGGAGGAGGCUUCUCUCAGCAAUAGGCUCAAGACGUAUGCCAACUUCCCAGAAGCACCUCAGGAGGAGGCUUCUCUCAGCAAUAGGCUCAAGACGUAUGCCAACUUCCCAGAAGCACCUCAGGAGGAGGCUUCUCUCAGCAAUAGGCUCAAGACGUAUGCCAACUUCCCAGAAGCACCUCAGGAGGAGGCUUCUCUCAGCAAUAGGCUCAAGACGUAUGCCAACUUCCCAGAAGCACCUCAGGAGGAGGCUUCUCUCAGCAAUAGGCUCAAGACGUAUGCCAACUUCCCAAAAGCACCUCAGGAGGAGGCUUCUCUCAGCAAUAGGCUCAAGACGUAUGCCAACUUCCCAGAAGCACCUCAGGAGGAGGCUUCUCUCAGCAAUAGGCUCAAGACGUAUGCCAACUUCCCAGAAGCACCUCAGGAGGAGGCUUCUCUCAGCAAUAGGCUCAAGACGUAUGCCAACUUCCCAGAAGCACCUCAGGAGGAGGCUUCUCUCAGCAAUAGGCUCAAGACGUAUGCCACCUUUCCAGAAGCACCUCAGGAGGAGGCUUCUCUCAGCAAUAGGCUCAAGACGUAUGCCAACUUCCCAGAAGCACCUCAGGAGGAGGCUUCUCUCAGCAAUAGGCUCAAGACGUAUGCCAACUUCCCAGAAGCACCUCAGGAGGAGGCUUCUCUCAGCAAUAGGCUCAAGACGUAUGCCAACUUCCCAGAAGCACCUCAGGAGGAGGCUUCUCUCAGCAAUAGGCUCAAGACGUAUGCCAACUUCCCAGAAGCACCUCAGGAGGAGGCUUCUCUCAGCAAUAGGCUCAAGACGUAUGCCACCUUUCCAGAAGCACCUCAGGAGGAGGCUUCUCUCAGCAAUAGGCUCAAGACGUAUGCCAACUUCCCAGAAGCACCUCAGGAGGAGGCUUCUCUCAGCAAUAGGCUCAAGACGUAUGCCACCUUUCCAGAAGCACCUCAGGAGGAGGCUUCUCUCAGCAAUAGGCUCAAGACGUAUGCCAACUUCCCAGAAGCACCUCAGGAGGAGGCUUCUCUCAGCAAUAGGCUCAAGACGUAUGCCAACUUCCCAGAAGCACCUCAGGAGGAGGCUUCUCUCAGCAAUAGGCUCAAGACGUAUGCCAACUUCCCAGAAGCACCUCAGGAGGAGGCUUCUCUCAGCAAUAGGCUCAAGACGUAUGCCAACUUCCCAGAAGCACCUCAGGAGGAGGCUUCUCUCAGCAAUAGGCUCAAGACGUAUGCCAACUUCCCAGAAGCACCUCAGGAGGAGGCUUCUCUCAGCAAUAGGCUCAAGACGUAUGCCAACUUCCCAGAAGCACCUCAGGAGGAGGCUUCUCUCAGCAAUAGGCUCAAGACGUAUGCCAACUUCCCAGAAGCACCUCAGGAGGAGGCUUCUCUCAGCAAUAGGCUCAAGACGUAUGCCAACUUCCCAGAAGCACCUCAGGAGGAGGCUUCUCUCAGCAAUAGGCUCAAGACGUAUGCCAACUUCCCAGAAGCACCUCAGGAGGAGGCUUCUCUCAGCAAUAGGCUCAAGACGUAUGCCAACUUCCCAGAAGCACCUCAGGAGGAGGCUUCUCUCAGCAAUAGGCUCAAGACGUAUGCCAACUUCCCAGAAGCACCUCAGGAGGAGGCUUCUCUCAGCAAUAGGCUCAAGACGUAUGCCAACUUCCCAGAAGCACCUCAGGAGGAGGCUUCUCUCAGCAAUAGGCUCAAGACGUAUGCCAACUUCCCAGAAGCACCUCAGGAGGAGGCUUCUCUCAGCAAUAGGCUCAAGACGUAUGCCAACUUCCCAGAAGCACCUCAGGAGGAGGCUUCUCUCAGCAAUAGGCUCAAGACGUAUGCCAACUUCCCAGAAGCACCUCAGGAGGAGGCUUCUCUCAGCAAUAGGCUCAAGACGUAUGCCAACUUCCCAGAAGCACCUCAGGAGGAGGCUUCUCUCAGCAAUAGGCUCAAGACGUAUGCCAACUUCCCAGAAGCACCUCAGGAGGAGGCUUCUCUCAGCAAUAGGCUCAAGACGUAUGCCAACUUCCCAGAAGCACCUCAGGAGGAGGCUUCUCUCAGCAAUAGGCUCAAGACGUAUGCCAACUUCCCAGAAGCACCUCAGGAGGAGGCUUCUCUCAGCAAUAGGCUCAAGACGUAUGCCAACUUCCCAGAAGCACCUCAGGAGGAGGCUUCUCUCAGCAAUAGGCUCAAGACGUAUGCCAACUUCCCAGAAGCACCUCAGGAGGAGGCUUCUCUCAGCAAUAGGCUCAAGACGUAUGCCAACUUCCCAGAAGCACCUCAGGAGGAGGCUUCUCUCAGCAAUAGGCUCAAGACGUAUGCCAACUUCCCAGAAGCACCUCAGGAGGAGGCUUCUCUCAGCAAUAGGCUCAAGACGUAUGCCAACUUCCCAGAAGCACCUCAGGAGGAGGCUUCUCUCAGCAAUAGGCUCAAGACGUAUGCCAACUUCCCAGAAGCACCUCAGGAGGAGGCUUCUCUCAGCAAUAGGCUCAAGACGUAUGCCAACUUCCCAGAAGCACCUCAGGAGGAGGUUUCUCUCAGCAAUAGGCUCAAGACGUAUGCCAACUUCCCAGAAGCACCUCAGGAGGAGGCUUCUCUCAGCAAUAGGCUCAAGACGUAUGCCAACUUCCCAGAAGCACCUCAGGAGGAGGCUUCUCUCAGCAAUAGGCUCAAGACGUAUGCCAACUUCCCAGAAGCACCUCAGGAGGAUUCUUCUCUCAGCAAUAGGCUCAAGACGUAUGCCAACUUCCCAGAAGCACCUCAGGAGGAGGCUUCUCUCAGCAAUAGGCUCAAGACGUAUGCCAACUUCCCAGAAGCACCUCAGGAGGAGGCUUCUCUCAGCAAUAGGCUCAAGACGUAUGCCAACUUCCCAGAAGCACCUCAGGAGGAGGCUUCUCUCAGCAAUAGGCUCAAGACGUAUGCCAACUUCCCAGAAGCACCUCAGGAGGAGGCUUCUCUCAGCAAUAGGCUUAAGACGUAUGCCAACUUCCCAGAAGCACCUCAGGAGGAGGCUUCUCUCAGCAAUAGGCUCAAGACGUAUGCCAACUUCCCAGAAGCACCUCAGGAGGAGGCUUCUCUCAGCAAUAGGCUCAAGACGUAUGCCAACUUCCCAGAAGCACCUCAGGAGGAGGCUUCUCUCAGCAAUAGGCUCAAGACGUAUGCCAACUUCCCAGAAGCACCUCAGGAGGAGGCUUCUCUCAGCAAUAGGCUCAAGACGUAUGCCAACUUCCCAGAAGCACCUCAGGAGGAGGCUUCUCUCAGCAAUAGGCUCAAGACGUAUGCCAACUUCCCAGAAGCACCUCAGGAGGAGGCUUCUCUCAGCAAUAGGCUCAAGACGUAUGCCAACUUCCCAGAAGCACCUCAGGAGGAGGCUUCUCUCAGCAAUAGGCUCAAGACGUAUGCCAACUUCCCAGAAGCACCUCAGGAGGAGGCUUCUCUCAGCAAUAGGCUCAAGACGUAUGACAACUUCCCAGAAGCACCUCAGGAGGAGGCUUCUCUCAGCAAUAGGCUCAAGACGUAUGACAACUUCCCAGAAGCACCUCAGGAGGAGGCUUCUCUCAGCAAUAGGCUCAAGACGUAUGCCAACUUCCCAGAAGCACCUCAGGAGGAGGCUUCUCUCAGCAAUAGGCUCAAGACUUAUGCCAACUUCCCAGAAGCACAUCAGGAGGAGGCUUCUCUCAGCAAUAGGCUCAAGACGUAUGCCAACUUCCCAGAAGCACCUCAGGAGGAGGCUUCUCUCAGCAAUAGGCUCAAGACGUAUGCCAACUUCCCAGAAGCACCUCAGGAGGAGGCUUCUCUCAGCAAUAGGCUCAAGACGUAUGCCAACUUCCCAGAAGCACCUCAGGAGGAGGCUUCUCUCAGCAAUAGGCUCAAGACGUAUGCCAACUUCCCAGAAGCACCUCAGGAGGAGGCUUCUCUCAGCAAUAGGCUCAAGACGUAUGCCAACUUCCCAGAAGCACCUCAGGAGGAGGCUUCUCUCAGCAAUAGGCUCAAGACGUAUGCCAACUUCCCAGAAGCACCUCAGGAGGAGGCUUCUCUCAGCAAUAGGCUCAAGACGUAUGCCAACUUCCCAGAAGCACCUCAGGAGGAGGCUUCUCUCAGCAAUAGGCUCAAGACGUAUGCCAACUUCCCAGAAGCACCUCAGGAGGAGGCUUCUCUCAGCAAUAGGCUCAAGACGUAUGCCAACUUCCCAGAAGCACCUCAGGAGGAGGCUUCUCUCAGCAAUAGGCUCAAGACGUAUGCCAACUUCCCAGAAGCACCUCAGGAGGAGGCUUCUCUCAGCAAUAGGCUCAAGACGUAUGCCAACUUCCCAGAAGCACCUCAGGAGGAGGCUUCUCUCAGCAAUAGGCUCAAGACGUAUGCCAACUUCCCAGAAGCACCUCAGGAGGAGGCUUCUCUCAGCAAUAGGCUCAAGACGUAUGCCAACUUCCCAGAAGCACCUCAGGAGGAGGCUUCUCUCAGCAAUAGGCUCAAGACGUAUGCCAACUUCCCAGAAGCACCUCAGGAGGAGGCUUCUCUCAGCAAUAGGCUCAAGACGUAUGCCAACUUCCCAGAAGCACCUCAGGAGGAGGCUUCUCUCAGCAAUAGGCUCAAGACGUAUGCCAACUUCCCAGAAGCACCUCAGGAGGAGGCUUCUCUCAGCAAUAGGCUCAAGACGUAUUCCAACUUCCCAGAAGCACCUCAGGAGGAGGCUUCUCUCAGCAAUAGGCUCAAGACGUAUGCCAACUUCCCAGAAGCACCUCAGGAGGAGGCUUCUCUCAGCAAUAGGCUCAAGACGUAUUCCAACUUCCCAGAAGCACCUCAGGAGGAGGCUUCUCUCAGCAAUAGGCUCAAGACGUAUUCCAACUUCCCAGAAGCACCUCAGGAGGAGGCUUCUCUCAGCAAUAGGCUCAAGACGUAUGCCAACUUCCCAGAAGCACCUCAGGAGGAGGCUUCUCUCAGCAAUAGGCUCAAGACGUAUGCCAACUUCCCAGAAGCACCUCAGGAGGAGGCUUCUCUCAGCAAUAGGCUCAAGACGUAUGCCAACUUCCCAGAAGCACCUCAGGAGGAGGCUUCUCUCAGCGAUAGGCUCAAGACGUAUGCCAACUUCCCAGAAGCACCUCAGGAGGAGGCUUCUCUCAGCAAUAGGCUCAAGACGUAUGCCAACUUCCCAGAAGCACCUCAGGAGGAGGCUUCUCUCAGCGAUAGGCUCAAGACGUAUGCCAACUUCCCAGAAGCACCUCAGGAGGAGGCUUCUCUCAGCAAUAGGCUCAAGACGUAUGCCAACUUCCCAGAAGCACCUCAGGAGGAGGCUUCUCUCAGCGAUAGGCUCAAGACGUAUGCCAACUUCCCAGAAGCACCUCAGGAGGAGGCUUCUCUCAGCAAUAGGCUCAAGACGUAUGCCAACUUCCCAGAAGCACCUCAGGAGGAGGCUUCUCUCAGCGAUAGGCUCAAGGCGUAUGCCAACUUCCCAGAAGCACCUCAGGAGGAGGCUUCUCUCAGCAAUAGGCUCAAGACGUAUGCCAACUUCCCAGAAGCACCUCAGGAGGAGGCUUCUCUCAGCAAUAGGCUCAAGACGUAUGCCAACUUCCCAGAAGCACCUCAGGAGGAGGCUUCUCUCAGCAAUAGGCUCAAGACGUAUGCCAACUUCCCAGAAGCACCUCAGGAGGAGGCUUCUCUCAGCAAUAGGCUCAAGACGUAUGCCAACUUCCCAGAAGCACCUCAGGAGGAGGCUUCUCUCAGCAAUAGGCUCAAGACGUAUGCCAACUUCCCAGAAGCACCUCAGGAGGAGGCUUCUCUCAGCAAUAGGCUCAAGACGUAUGCCAACUUCCCAGAAGCACCUCAGGAGGAGGCUUCUCUCAGCAAUAGGCUCAAGGCGUAUGCCAACUUCCCAGAAGCACCUCAGGAGGAGGCUUCUCUCAGCAAUAGGCUCAAGGCGUAUGCCAACUUCCCAGAAGCACCUCAGGAGGAGGCUUCUCUCAGCAAUAGGCUCAAGGCGUAUGCCAACUUCCCAGAAGCACCUCAGGAGGAGGCUUCUCUCAGCAAUAGGCUCAAGGCGUAUGCCAACUUCCCAGAAGCACCUCAGGAGGAGGCUUCUCUCAGCAAUAGGCUCAAGGCGUAUGCCAACUUCCCAGAAGCACCUCAGGAGGAGGCUUCUCUCAGCAACAGGCUCAAGACGUAUGCCAACUUCCCAGAAGCACCUCAGGAGGAGGCUUCUCUCAGCAAUAGGCUCAAGACGUAUGCCAACUUCCCAGAAGCACCUCAGGAGGAGGCUUCUCUCAGCAAUAGGCUCAAGACGUAUGCCAACUUCCCAGAAGCACCUCAGGAGGAGGCUUCUCUCAGCAAUAGGCUCAAGACGUAUGCCAACUUCCCAGAAGCACCUCAGGAGGAGGCUUCUCUCAGCAAUAGGCUCAAGACGUAUGCCAACUUCCCAGAAGCACCUCAGGAGGAGGCUUCUCUCAGCAAUAGGCUCAAGACGUAUGCCAACUUCCCAGAAGCACCUCAGGAGGAGGCUUCUCUCAGCAAUAGGCUCAAGACGUAUGCCAACUUCCCAGAAGCACCUCAGGAGGAGGCUUCUCUCAGCAAUAGGCUCAAGACGUAUGCCAACUUCCCAGAAGCACCUCAGGAGGAGGCUUCUCUCAGCAAUAGGCUCAAGACGUAUGCCAACUUCCCAGAAGCACCUCAGGAGGAGGCUUCUCUCAGCAAUAGGCUCAAGACGUAUGCCAACUUCCCAGAAGCACCUCAGGAGGAAGCUUCUCUCAGCAAUAGGCUCAAGACGUAUGCCAACUUCCCAGAAGCACCUCAGGAGGAGGCUUCUCUCAGCAAUAGGCUCAAGACGUAUGCCAACUUCCCAGAAGCACCUCAGGAGGAGGCUUCUCUCAGCAAUAGGCUCAAGACGUAUGCCAACUUCCCAGAAGCACCUCAGGAGGAAGCUUCUCUCAGCAAUAGGCUCAAGACGUAUGCCAACUUCCCAGAAGCACCUCAGGAGGAGGCUUCUCUCAGCAAUAGGCUCAAGACGUAUGCCAACUUCCCAGAAGCACCUCAGGAGGAGGCUUCUCUCAGCAAUAGGCUCAAGACGUAUGCCAACUUCCCAGAAGCACCUCAGGAGGAGGCUUCUCUCAGCAAUAGGCUCAAGACGUAUGCCAACUUCCCAGAAGCACCUCAGGAGGAGGCUUCUCUCAGCAAUAGGCUCAAGACGUAUGCCAACUUCCCAGAAGCACCUCAGGAGGAGGCUUCUCUCAGCAAUAGGCUCAAGACGUAUACCAACUUCCCAGAAGCACCUCAGGAGGAGGCUUCUCUCAGCAAUAGGCUCAAGACGUAUGCCAACUUCCCAGAAGCACCUCAGGAGGAGGCUUCUCUCAGCAAUAGGCUCAAGACGUAUGCCAACUUCCCAGAAGCACCUCAGGAGGAGGCUUCUCUCAGCAAUAGGCUCAAGACGUAUACCAACUUCCCAGAAGCACCUCAGGAGGAGGCUUCUCUCAGCAAUAGGCUCAAGACGUAUGCCAACUUCCCAGAAGCACCUCAGGAGGAGGCUUCUCUCAGCAAUAGGCUCAAGACGUAUGCCAACUUCCCAGAAGCACCUCAGGAGGAGGCUUCUCUCAGCAAUAGGCUCAAGACGUAUGCCAACUUCCCAGAAGCACCUCAGGAGGAGGCUUCUCUCAGCAAUAGGCUCAAGACGUAUGCCAACUUCCCAGAAGCACCUCAGGAGGAGGCGUCUCUCAGCAAUAGGCUCAAGACGUAUGCCAACUUCCCAGAAGCACCUCAGGAGGAGGCUUCUCUCAGCAAUAGGCUCAAGACGUAUGCCAACUUCCCAGAAGCACCUCAGGAGGAGGCGUCUCUCAGCAAUAGGCUCAAGACGUAUGCCAACUUCCCAGAAGCACCUCAGGAGGAGGCUUCUCUCAGCAAUAGGCUCAAGACGUAUGCCAACUUCCCAGAAGCACCUCAGGAGGAGGCUUCUCUCAGCAAUAGGCUCAAGACGUAUGCCAACUUCCCAGAAGCACCUCAGGAGGAGGCUUCUCUCAGCAAUAGGCUCAAGACGUAUGCCAACUUCCCAGAAGCACCUCAGGAGGAGGCUUCUCUCAGCAAUAGGCUCAAGACGUAUGCCAACUUCCCAGAAGCACCUCAGGAGGAGGCUUCUCUCAGCAAUAGGCUCAAGACGUAUGCCAACUUCCCAGAAGCACCUCAGGAGGAGGCUUCUCUCAGCAAUAGGCUCAAGACGUAUGCCAACUUCCCAGAAGCACCUCAGGAGGAGGCUUCUCUCAGCAAUAGGCUCAAGACGUAUGCCAACUUCCCAGAAGCACCUCAGGAGGAGGCUUCUCUCAGCAAUAGGCUCAAGACGUAUGCCAACUUCCCAGAAGCACCUCAGGAGGAGGCUUCUCUCAGCAAUAGGCUCAAGACGUAUGCCAACUUCCCAGAAGCACCUCAGGAGGAGGCUUCUCUCAGCAAUAGGCUCAAGACGUAUGCCAACUUCCCAGAAGCACCUCAGGAGGAGGCUUCUCUCAGCAAUAGGCUCAAGACGUAUGCCAACUUCCCAGAAGCACCUCAGGAGGAGGCUUCUCUCAGCAAUAGGCUCAAGACGUAUGCCAACUUCCCAGAAGCACCUCAGGAGGAGGCUUCUCUCAGCAAUAGGCUCAAGACGUAUGCCAACUUCCCAGAAGCACCUCAGGAGGAGGCUUCUCUCAGCAAUAGGCUCAAGACGUAUGCCAACUUCCCAGAAGCACCUCAGGAGGAGGCUUCUCUCAGCAAUAGGCUCAAGACGUAUGCCAACUUCCCAGAAGCACCUCAGGAGGAGGCUUCUCUCAGCAAUAGGCUCAAGACGUAUGCCAACUUCCCAGAAGCACCUCAGGAGGAGGCUUCUCUCAGCAAUAGGCUCAAGACGUAUGCCAACUUCCCAGAAGCACCUCAGGAGGAGGCUUCUCUCAGCAAUAGGCUCAAGACGUAUGCCAACUUCCCAGAAGCACCUCAGGAGGAGGCUUCUCUCAGCAAUAGGCUCAAGACGUAUGCCAACUUCCCAGAAGCACCUCAGGAGGAGGCUUCUCUCAGCAAUAGGCUCAAGACGUAUGCCAACUUCCCAGAAGCACCUCAGGAGGAGGCUUCUCUCAGCAAUAGGCUCAAGACGUAUGCCAACUUCCCAGAAGCACCUCAGGAGGAGGCUUCUCUCAGCAAUAGGCUCAAGACGUAUGCCAACUUCCCAGAAGCACCUCAGGAGGAGGCUUCUCUCAGCAAUAGGCUCAAGACGUAUGCCAACUUCCCAGAAGCACCUCAGGAGGAGGCUUCUCUCAGCAAUAGGCUCAAGACGUAUGCCAACUUCCCAGAAGCACCUCAGGAGGAGGCUUCUCUCAGCAAUAGGCUCAAGACGUAUGCCAACUUCCCAGAAGCACCUCAGGAGGAGGCUUCUCUCAGCAAUAGGCUCAAGACGUAUGCCAACUUCCCAGAAGCACCUCAGGAGGAGGCUUCUCUCAGCAAUAGGCUCAAGACGUAUGCCAACUUCCCAGAAGCACCUCAGGAGGAGGCUUCUCUCAGCAAUAGGCUCAAGACGUAUGCCAACUUCCCAGAAGCACCUCAGGAGGAGGCUUCUCUCAGCAAUAGGCUCAAGACGUAUGCCAACUUCCCAGAAGCACCUCAGGAGGAGGCUUCUCUCAGCAAUAGGCUCAAGACGUAUGCCAACUUCCCAGAAGCACCUCAGGAGGAGGCUUCUCUCAGCAAUAGGCUCAAGACGUAUGCCAACUUCCCAGAAGCACCUCAGGAGGAGGCUUCUCUCAGCAAUAGGCUCAAGACGUAUGCCAACUUCCCAGAAGCACCUCAGGAGGAGGCUUCUCUCAGCAAUAGGCUCAAGACGUAUGCCAACUUCCCAGAAGCACCUCAGGAGGAGGCUUCUCUCAGCAAUAGGCUCAAGACGUAUGCCAACUUCCCAGAAGCACCUCAGGAGGAGGCUUCUCUCAGCAAUAGGCUCAAGACGUAUGCCAACUUCCCAGAAGCACCUCAGGAGGAGGCUUCUCUCAGCAAUAGGCUCAAGACGUAUGCCAACUUCCCAGAAGCACCUCAGGAGGAGGCUUCUCUCAGCAAUAGGCUCAAGACGUAUGCCAACUUCCCAGAAGCACCUCAGGAGGAGGCUUCUCUCAGCAAUAGGCUCAAGACGUAUGCCAACUUCCCAGAAGCACCUCAGGAGGAGGCUUCUCUCAGCAAUAGGCUCAAGACGUAUGCCAACUUCCCAGAAGCACCUCAGGAGGAGGCUUCUCUCAGCAAUAGGCUCAAGACGUAUGCCAACUUCCCAGAAGCACCUCAGGAGGAGGCUUCUCUCAGCAAUAGGCUCAAGACGUAUGCCAACUUCCCAGAAGCACCUCAGGAGGAGGCUUCUCUCAGCAAUAGGCUCAAGACGUAUGCCAACUUCCCAGAAGCACCUCAGGAGGAGGCUUCUCUCAGCAAUAGGCUCAAGACGUAUGCCAACUUCCCAGAAGCACCUCAGGAGGAGGCUUCUCUCAGCAAUAGGCUCAAGACGUAUGCCAACUUCCCAGAAGCACCUCAGGAGGAGGCUUCUCUCAGCAAUAGGCUCAAGACGUAUGCCAACUUCCCAGAAGCACCUCAGGAGGAGGCUUCUCUCAGCAAUAGGCUCAAGACGUAUGCCAACUUCCCAGAAGCACCUCAGGAGGAGGCUUCUCUCAGCAAUAGGCUCAAGACGUAUGCCAACUUCCCAGAAGCACCUCAGGAGGAGGCUUCUCUCAGCAAUAGGCUCAAGACGUAUGCCAACUUCCCAGAAGCACCUCAGGAGGAGGCUUCUCUCAGCAAUAGGCUCAAGACGUAUGCCAACUUCCCAGAAGCACCUCAGGAGGAGGCUUCUCUCAGCAAUAGGCUCAAGACGUAUGCCAACUUCCCAGAAGCACCUCAGGAGGAGGCUUCUCUCAGCAAUAGGCUCAAGACGUAUGCCAACUUCCCAGAAGCACCUCAGGAGGAGGCUUCUCUCAGCAAUAGGCUCAAGACGUAUGCCAACUUCCCAGAAGCACCUCAGGAGGAGGCUUCUCUCAGCAAUAGGCUCAAGACGUAUGCCAACUUCCCAGAAGCACCUCAGGAGGAGGCUUCUCUCAGCAAUAGGCUCAAGACGUAUGCCAACUUCCCAGAAGCACCUCAGGAGGAGGCUUCUCUCAGCAAUAGGCUCAAGACGUAUGCCAACUUCCCAGAAGCACCUCAGGAGGAGGCUUCUCUCAGCAAUAGGCUCAAGACGUAUGCCAACUUCCCAGAAGCACCUCAGGAGGAGGCUUCUCUCAGCAAUAGGCUCAAGACGUAUGCCAACUUCCCAGAAGCACCUCAGGAGGAGGCUUCUCUCAGCAAUAGGCUCAAGACGUAUGCCAACUUCCCAGAAGCACCUCAGGAGGAGGCUUCUCUCAGCAAUAGGCUCAAGACGUAUGCCAACUUCCCAGAAGCACCUCAGGAGGAGGCUUCUCUCAGCAAUAGGCUCAAGACGUAUGCCAACUUCCCAGAAGCACCUCAGGAGGAGGCUUCUCUCAGCAAUAGGCUCAAGACGUAUGCCAACUUCCCAGAAGCACCUCAGGAGGAGGCUUCUCUCAGCAAUAGGCUCAAGACGUAUGCCAACUUCCCAGAAGCACCUCAGGAGGAGGCUUCUCUCAGCAAUAGGCUCAAGACGUAUGCCAACUUCCCAGAAGCACCUCAGGAGGAGGCUUCUCUCAGCAAUAGGCUCAAGACGUAUGCCAACUUCCCAGAAGCACCUCAGGAGGAGGCUUCUCUCAGCAAUAGGCUCAAGACGUAUGCCAACUUCCCAGAAGCACCUCAGGAGGAGGCUUCUCUCAGCAAUAGGCUCAAGACGUAUGCCAACUUCCCAGAAGCACCUCAGGAGGAGGCUUCUCUCAGCAAUAGGCUCAAGACGUAUGCCAACUUCCCAGAAGCACCUCAGGAGGAGGCUUCUCUCAGCAAUAGGCUCAAGACGUAUGCCAACUUCCCAGAAGCACCUCAGGAGGAGGCUUCUCUCAGCAAUAGGCUCAAGACGUAUGCCAACUUCCCAGAAGCACCUCAGGAGGAGGCUUCUCUCAGCAAUAGGCUCAAGACGUAUGCCAACUUCCCAGAAGCACCUCAGGAGGAGGCUUCUCUCAGCAAUAGGCUCAAGACGUAUGCCAACUUCCCAGAAGCACCUCAGGAGGAGGCUUCUCUCAGCAAUAGGCUCAAGACGUAUGCCAACUUCCCAGAAGCACCUCAGGAGGAGGCUUCUCUCAGCAAUAGGCUCAAGACGUAUGCCAACUUCCCAGAAGCACCUCAGGAGGAGGCUUCUCUCAGCAAUAGGCUCAAGCCGUAUGCCAACUUCCCAGAAGCACCUCAGGAGGAGGCUUCUCUCAGCAAUAGGCUCAAGACGUAUGCCAACUUCCCAGAAGCACCUCAGGAGGAGGCUUCUCUCAGCAAUAGGCUCAAGACGUAUGCCAACUUCCCAGAAGCACCUCAGGAGGAGGCUUCUCUCAGCAAUAGGCUCAAGACGUAUGCCAACUUCCCAGAAGCACCUCAGGAGGAGGCUUCUCUCAGCAAUAGGCUCAAGACGUAUGCCAACUUCCCAGAAGCACCUCAGGAGGAGGCUUCUCUCAGCAAUAGGCUCAAGACGUAUGCCAACUUCCCAGAAGCACCUCAGGAGGAGGCUUCUCUCAGCAAUAGGCUCAAGACGUAUGCCAACUUCCCAGAAGCACCUCAGGAGGAGGCUUCUCUCAGCAAUAGGCUCAAGACGUAUGCCAACUUCCCAGAAGCACCUCAGGAGGAGGCUUCUCUCAGCAAUAGGCUCAAGACGUAUGCCAACUUCCCAGAAGCACCUCAGGAGGAGGCUUCUCUCAGCAAUAGGCUCAAGACGUAUGCCAACUUCCCAGAAGCACCUCAGGAGGAGGCUUCUCUCAGCAAUAGGCUCAAGACGUAUGCCAACUUUCCAGAAGCACCUCAGGAGGAGGCUUCUCUCAGCAAUAGGCUCAAGAAGUAUGCCAACUUCCCAGAAGCACCUCAGGAGGAGGCUUCUCUCAGCAAUAGGCUCAAGACGUAUGCCAACUUCCCAGAAGCACCUCAGGAGGAGGCUUCUCUCAGCAAUAGGCUCAAGACGUAUGCCAACUUCCCAGAAGCACCUCAGGAGGAGGCUUCUCUCAGCAAUAGGCUCAAGACGUAUGCCAACUUCCCAGAAGCACCUCAGGAGGAGGCUUCUCUCAGCAAUAGGCUCAAGACGUAUGCCAACUUCCCAGAAGCACCUCAGGAGGAGGCUUCUCUCAGCAAUAGGCUCAAGACGUAUGCCAACUUCCCAGAAGCACCUCAGGAGGAGGCUUCUCUCAGCAAUAGGCUCAAGACGUAUGCCAACUUCCCAGAAGCACCUCAGGAGGAGGCUUCUCUCAGCAAUAGGCUCAAGACGUAUGCCAACUUCCCAGAAGCACCUCAGGAGGAGGCUUCUCUCAGCAAUAGGCUCAAGACGUAUGCCAACUUCCCAGAAGCACCUCAGGAGGAGGCUUCUCUCAGCAAUAGGCUCAAGACGUAUGCCAACUUCCCAGAAGCACCUCAGGAGGAGGCUUCUCUCAGCAAUAGGCUCAAGACGUAUGCCAACUUCCCAGAAGCACCUCAGGAGGAGGCUUCUCUCAGCAAUAGGCUCAAGACGUAUGCCAACUUCCCAGAAGCACCUCAGGAGGAGGCUUCUCUCAGCAAUAGGCAACUCCAGAGAUGCCCCGAGAACACUGUCCCAAGUCUAGAGGAACACCAACUUCAGCACAGCAACUCGAGGAAUGCUCCGUGUACCCCAAAUCGUCUCGAGAUGCGAGCUAAUUCCCUGGUUAGGCUCAAGACGUAUGCCAACUUCCCAGAAGCACCUCAGGAGGAGGCUUCUCUCAGCAGUAGGCUCAAGACGUAUACCAACUUCCCAGAAGCACCUCAGGAGGAGGCUUCUCUCAGCAAUAGGCUCAAGACGUAUGCCAACUUCCCAGAAGCACCUCAGGAGGAGGCUUCUCUCAGCAAUAGGCUCAAGACGUAUGCCAACUUCCCAGAAGCACCUCAGGAGGAGGCUUCUCUCAGCAAUAGGCUCAAGACGUAUGCCAACUUCCCAGAAGCACCUCAGGAGGAGGCUUCUCUCAGCAAUAGGCUCAAGACGUAUGCCAACUUCCCAGAAGCACCUCAGGAGGAGGCUUCUCUCAGCAAUAGGCUCAAGACGUAUGCCAACUUCCCAGAAGCACCUCAGGAGGAGGCUUCUCUCAGCAAUAGGCUCAAGACGUAUGCCAACUUCCCAGAAGCACCUCAGGAGGAGGCUUCUCUCAGCAAUAGGCUCAAGACGUAUGCCAACUUCCCAGAAGCACCUCAGGAGGAGGCUUCUCUCAGCAAUAGGCUCAAGACGUAUGCCAACUUCCCAGAAGCACCUCAGGAGGAGGCUUCUCUCAGCAAUAGGCUCAAGACGUAUGCCAACUUUCCAGAAGCACCUCAGGAGGAGGCUUCUCUCAGCAAUAGGCUCAAGACGUAUGCCAACUUCCCAGAAGCACCUCAGGAGGAGGCUUCUCUCAGCAAUAGGCUCAAGACGUAUGCCAACUUCCCAGAAGCACCUCAGGAGGAGGCUUCUCUCAGCAAUAGGCUCAAGACGUAUGCCAACUUCCCAGAAGCACCUCAGGAGGAGGCUUCUCUCAGCAAUAGGCUCAAGACGUAUGCCAACUUCCCAGAAGCACCUCAGGAGGAGGCUUCUCUCAGCAAUAGGCUCAAGACGUAUGCCAACUUCCCAGAAGCACCUCAGGAGGAGGCUUCUCUCAGCAAUAGGCUCAAGACGUAUGCCAACUUUCCAGAAGCACCUCAGGAGGAGGCUUCUCUCAGCAAUAGGCUCAAGACGUAUGCCAACUUCCCAGAAGCACCUCAGGAGGAGGCUUCUCUCAGCAAUAGGCUCAAGACGUAUGCCAACUUCCCAGAAGCACCUCAGGAGGAGGCUUCUCUCAGCAAUAGGCUCAAGACGUAUGCCAACUUCCCAGAAGCACCUCAGGAGGAGGCUUCUCUCAGCAAUAGGCUCAAGACGUAUGCCAACUUCCCAGAAGCACCUCAGGAGGAGGCUUCUCUCAGCAAUAGGCUCAAGACGUAUGCCAACUUCCCAGAAGCACCUCAGGAGGAGGCUUCUCUCAGCAAUAGGCUCAAGACGUAUGCCAACUUCCCAGAAGCACCUCAGGAGGAGGCUUCUCUCAGCAAUAGGCUCAAGACGUAUGCCAACUUCCCAGAAGCACCUCAGGAGGAGGCUUCUCUCAGCAAUAGGCUCAAGACGUAUGCCAACUUCCCAGAAGCACCUCAGGAGGAGGCUUCUCUCAGCAAUAGGCUCAAGACGUAUGCCAACUUCCCAGAAGCACCUCAGGAGGAGGCUUCUCUCAGCAAUAGGCUCAAGACGUAUGCCAACUUUCCAGAAGCACCUCAGGAGGAGGCUUCUCUCAGCAAUAGGCUCAAGACGUAUGCCAACUUCCCAGAAGCACCUCAGGAGGAGGCUUCUCUCAGCAAUAGGCUCAAGACGUAUGCCAACUUCCCAGAAGCACCUCAGGAGGAGGCUUCUCUCAGCAAUAGGCUCAAGACGUAUGCCAACUUCCCAGAAGCACCUCAGGAGGAGGCUUCUCUCAGCAACAGGCUCAAGACGUAUGCCAACUUCCCAGAAGCACCUCAGGAGGAGGCUUCUCUCAGCAAUAGGCUCAAGACGUAUGCCAACUUCCCAGAAGCACCUCAGGAGGAGGCUUCUCUCAGCAACAGGCUCAAGACGUAUGCCAACUUCCCAGAAGCACCUCAGGAGGAGGCUUCUCUCAGCAAUAGGCUCAAGGCGUAUGCCAACUUCCCAGAAGCACCUCAGGAGGAGGCUUCUCUCAGCAACAGGCUCAAGACGUAUGCCAACUUCCCAGAAGCACCUCAGGAGGAGGCUUCUCUCAGCAAUAGGCUCCAGACGUAUGCCAACUUCCCAGAAGCACCUCAGGAGGAGGCUUCUCUCAGCAAUAGGCUCAAGGCGUAUGCCAACUUCCCAGAAGCACCUCAGGAGGAGGCUUCUCUCAGCAAUAGGCUCAAGACGUAUGCCAACUUCCCAGAAGCACCUCAGGAGGAGGCUUCUCUCAGCAAUAGGCUCAAGACGUAUGCCAACUACCCAGAAGCACCUCAGGAGGAGGCUUCUCUCAGCAAUAGGCUCAAGACGUAUGCCAACUUCCCAGAAGCACCUCAGGAGGAGGCUUCUCUCAGCAAUAGGCUCAAGACGUAUGCCAACUUCCCAGAAGCACCUCAGGAGGAGGCUUCUCUCAGCAAUAGGCUCAAGACGUAUGCCAACUUCCCAGAAGCACCUCAGGAGGAGGCUUCUCUCAGCAAUAGGCUCAAGACGUAUGCCAACUUCCCAGAAGCACCUCAGGAGGAGGCUUCUCUCAGCAAUAGGCUCAAGACGUAUGCCAACUUCCCAGAAGCACCUCAGGAGGAAGCUUCUCUCAGCAAUAGGCUCAAGACGUAUGCCAACUUCCCAGAAGCACCUCAGGAGGAGGCUUCUCUCAGCAAUACGCUCAAGACGUAUGCCAACUUCCCAGAAGCACCUCAGGAGGAGGCUUCUCUCAGCAAUAGGCUCAAGACGUAUGCCAACUUCCCAGAAGCACCUCAGGAGGAGGCUUCUCUCAGCAAUAGGCUCAAGACGUAUGCCAACUUCCCAGAAGCACCUCAGGAGGAGGCUUCUCUCAGCAAUAGGCUCAAGACGUAUGCCAACUUCCCAGAAGCACCUCAGGAGGAGGCUUCUCUCAGCAAUAGGCUCAAGACGUAUACCAACUUCCCAGAAGCACCUCAGGAGGAGGCUUCUCUCAGCAAUAGGCUCAAGACGUAUGCCAACUUCCCAGAAGCACCUCAGGAGGAGGCUUCUCUCAGCAAUAGGCUCAAGACGUAUGCCAACUUCCCAGAAGCACCUCAGGAGGAGGCUUCUCUCAGCAAUAGGCUCAAGACGUAUGCCAACUUCCCAGAAGCACCUCAGGAGGAGGCUUCUCUCAGCAAUAGGCGCAAGACGUAUGCCAACUUCCCAGAAGCACCUCAGGAGGAGGCUUCUCUCAGCAAUAGGCUCAAGACGUAUGCCAACUUCCCAGAAGCACCUCAGGAGGAAGCUUCUCUCAGCAAUAGGCUCAAGACGUAUGCCAACUUCCCAGAAGCACCUCAGGAGGAGGCUUCUCUCAGCAAUACGCUCAAGACGUAUGCCAACUUCCCAGAAGCACCUCAGGAGGAGGCUUCUCUCAGCAAUAGGCUCAAGACGUAUGCCAACUUCCCAGAAGCACCUCAGGAGGAGGCUUCUCUCAGCAAUAGGCUCAAGACGUAUGCCAACUUCCCAGAAGCACCUCAGGAGGAGGCUUCUCUCAGCAAUAGGCUCAAGACGUAUGCCAACUUCCCAGAAGCACCUCAGGAGGAGGCUUCUCUCAGCAAUAGGCUCAAGACGUAUGCCAACUUCCCAGAAGCACCUCAGGAGGAGGCUUCUCUCAGCAAUAGGCUCAAGACGUAUGCCAACUUCCCAGAAGCACCUCAGGAGGAGGCUUCUCUCAGCAAUAGGCUCAAGACGUAUGCCAACUUCCCAGAAGCACCUCAGGAGGAGGCUUCUCUCAGCAAUAGGCUCAAGACGUAUGCCAACUUCCCAGAAGCACCUCAGGAGGAGGCUUCUCUCAGCAAUAGGCUCAAGACGUAUGCCAACUUCCCAGAAGCACCUCAGGAGGAGGCUUCUCUCAGCAAUAGGCUCAAGACGUAUGCCAACUUCCCAGAAGCACCUCAGGAGGAGGCUUCUCUCAGCAAUAGGCUCAAGACGUAUGCCAACUUCCCAGAAGCACCUCAGGAGGAGGCUUCUCUCAGCAAUAGGCUCAAGACGUAUGCCAACUUCCCAGAAGCACCUCAGGAGGAGGCUUCUCUCAGCAAUAGGCUCAAGACGUAUGCCAACUUCCCAGAAGCACCUCAGGAGGAGGCUUCUCUCAGCAAUAGGCUCAAGACGUAUGCCAACUUCCCAGAAGCACCUCAGGAGGAGGCUUCUCUCAGCAAUAGGCUCAAGACGUAUGCCAACUUCCCAGAAGCACCUCAGGAGGAGGCUUCUCUCAGGAAUAGGCUCAAGACGUAUGCCAACUUCCCAGAAGCACCUCAGGAGGAGGCUUCUCUCAGCAAUAGGCUCAAGACGUAUGCCAACUUCCCAGAAGCACCUCAGGAGGAGGCUUCUCUCAGCAAUAGGCUCAAGACGUAUGCCAACUUCCCAGAAGCACCUCAGGAGGAGGCUUCUCUCAGCAAUAGGCUCAAGACGUAUGCCAACUUCCCAGAAGCACCUCAGGAGGAGGCUUCUCUCAGCAAUAGGCUCAAGACGUAUGCCAACUUCCCAGAAGCACCUCAGGAGGAGGCUUCUCUCAGCAAUAGGCUCAAGACGUAUGCCAACUUCCCAGAAGCACCUCAGGAGGAGGCUUCUCUCAGCAAUAGGCUCAAGACGUAUGCCAACUUCCCAGAAGCACCUCAGGAGGAGGCUUCUCUCAGCAAUAGGCUCAAGACGUAUGCCAACUUCCCAGAAGCACCUCAGGAGGAGGCUUCUCUCAGCAAUAGGCUCAAGACGUAUGCCAACUUCCCAGAAGCACCUCAGGAGGAGGCUUCUCUCAGCAAUAGGCUCAAGACGUAUGCCAACUUCCCAGAAGCACCUCAGGAGGAGGCUUCUCUCAGCAAUAGGCUCAAGACGUAUGCCAACUUCCCAGAAGCACCUCAGGAGGAGGCUUCUCUCAGCAAUAGGCUCAAGACGUAUACCAACUUCCCAGAAGCACCUCAGGAGGAGGCUUCUCUCAGCAAUAGGCUCAAGACGUAUGCCAACUUCCCAGAAGCACCUCAGGAGGAGGCUUCUCUCAGCAAUAGGCUCAAGACGUAUGCCAACUUCCCAGAAGCACCUCAGGAGGAGGCUUCUCUCAGCAAUAGGCUCAAGACGUAUGCCAACUUCCCAGAAGCACCUCAGGAGGAGGCUUCUCUCAGCAAUAGGCUCAAGACGUAUGCCAACUUCCCAGAAGCACCUCAGGAGGAGGCUUCUCUCAGCAAUAGGCUCAAGACGUAUGCCAACUUCCCAGAAGCACCUCAGGAGGAGGCUUCUCUCAGCAAUAGGCUCAAGACGUAUGCCAACUUCCCAGAAGCACCUCAGGAGGAGGCUUCUCUCAGCAAUAGGCUCAAGACGUAUGCCAACUUCCCAGAAGCACCUCAGGAGGAGGCUUCUCUCAGCAAUAGGCUCAAGACGUAUGCCAACUUCCCAGAAGCACCUCAGGAGGAGGCUUCUCUCAGCAAUAGGCUCAAGACGUAUGCCAACUUCCCAGAAGCACCUCAGGAGGAGGCUUCUCUCAGCAAUAGGCUCAAGACGUAUGCCAACUUCCCAGAAGCACCUCAGGAGGAGGCUUCUCUCAGCAAUAGGCUCAAGACGUAUGCCAACUUCCCAGAAGCACCUCAGGAGGAGGCUUCUCUCAGCAAUAGGCUCAAGACGUAUGCCAACUUCCCAGAAGCACCUCAGGAGGAGGCUUCUCUCAGCAAUAGGCUCAAGACGUAUGCCAACUUCCCAGAAGCACCUCAGGAGGAGGCUUCUCUCAGCAAUAGGCUCAAGACGUAUGCCAACUUCCCAGAAGCACCUCAGGAGGAGGCUUCUCUCAGCAAUAGGCUCAAGACGUAUGCCAACUUCCCAGAAGCACCUCAGGAGGAGGCUUCUCUCAGCAAUAGGCUCAAGACGUAUGCCAACUUCCCAGAAGCACCUCAGGAGGAGGCUUCUCUCAGCAAUAGGCUCAAGACGUAUGCCAACUUCCCAGAAGCACCUCAGGAGGAGGCUUCUCUCAGCAAUAGGCUCAAGACGUAUGCCAACUUCCCAGAAGCACCUCAGGAGGAGGCUUCUCUCAGCAAUAGGCUCAAGACGUAUGCCAACUUCCCAGAAGCACCUCAGGAGGAGGCUUCUCUCAGCAAUAGGCUCAAGACGUAUGCCAACUUCCCAGAAGCACCUCAGGAGGAGGCUUCUCUCAGCAAUAGGCUCAAGACGUAUGCCAACUUCCCAGAAGCACCUCAGGAGGAGGCUUCUCUCAGCAAUAGGCUCAAGACGUAUGCCAACUUCCCAGAAGCACCUCAGGAGGAGGCUUCUCUCAGCAAUAGGCUCAAGACGUAUGCCAACUUCCCAGAAGCACCUCAGGAGGAGGCUUCUCUCAGCAAUAGGCUCAAGACGUAUGCCAACUUCCCAGAAGCACCUCAGGAGGAGGCUUCUCUCAGCAAUAGGCUCAAGACGUAUGCCAACUUCCCAGAAGCACCUCAGGAGGAGGCUUCUCUCAGCAAUAGGCUCAAGACGUAUGCCAACUUCCCAGAAGCACCUCAGGAGGAGGCUUCUCUCAGCAAUAGGCUCAAGACGUAUGCCAACUUCCCAGAAGCACCUCAGGAGGAGGCUUCUCUCAGCAAUAGGCUCAAGACGUAUGCCAACUUCCCAGAAGCACCUCAGGAGGAGGCUUCUCUCAGCAAUAGGCUCAAGACGUAUGCCAACUUCCCAGAAGCACCUCAGGAGGAGGCUUCUCUCAGCAAUAGGCUCAAGACGUAUGCCAACUUCCCAGAAGCACCUCAGGAGGAGGCUUCUCUCAGCAAUAGGCUCAAGACGUAUGCCAACUUCCCAGAAGCACCUCAGGAGGAGGCUUCUCUCAGCAAUAGGCUCAAGACGUAUGCCAACUUCCCAGAAGCACCUCAGGAGGAGGCUUCUCUCAGCAAUAGGCUCAAGACGUAUGCCAACUUCCCAGAAGCACCUCAGGAGGAGGCUUCUCUCAGCAAUAGGCUCAAGACGUAUGCCAACUUCCCAGAAGCACCUCAGGAGGAGGCUUCUCUCAGCAAUAGGCUCAAGACGUAUGCCACCUUCCCAGAAGCACCUCAGGAGGAGGCUUCUCUCAGCAAUAGGCUCAAGACGUAUGCCAACUUCCCAGAAGCACCUCAGGAGGAGGCUUCUCUCAGCAAUAGGCUCAAGACGUAUGCCAACUUCCCAGAAGCACCUCAGGAGGAGGCUUCUCUCAGCAAUAGGCUCAAGACGUAUGCCAACUUCCCAGAAGCACCUCAGGAGGAGGCUUCUCUCAGCAAUAGGCUCAAGACGUAUGCCAACUUCCCAGAAGCACCUCAGGAGGAGGCUUCUCUCAGCAAUAGGCUCAAGACGUAUGCCAACUUCCCAGAAGCACCUCAGGAGGAGGCUUCUCUCAGCAAUAGGCUCAAGACGUAUGCCAACUUCCCAGAAGCACCUCAGGAGGAGGCUUCUCUCAGCAAUAGGCUCAAGACGUAUGCCAACUUCCCAGAAGCACCUCAGGAGGAGGCUUCUCUCAGCAAUAGGCUCAAGACGUAUGCCAACUUCCCAGAAGCACCUCAGGAGGAGGCUUCUCUCAGCAAUAGGCUCAAGACGUAUGCCAACUUCCCAGAAGCACCUCAGGAGGAGGCUUCUCUCAGCAAUAGGCUCAAGACGUAUGCCAACUUCCCAGAAGCACCUCAGGAGGAGGCUUCUCUCAGCAAUAGGCUCAAGACGUAUGCCAACUUCCCAGAAGCACCUCAGGAGGAGGCUUCUCACAGCAAUAGGCUCAAGACGUAUGCCAACUUCCCAGAAGCACCUCAGGAGGAGGCUUCUCUCAGCAAUAGGCAACUCCGGAGAUGCCCCAAGAACACUGUCCCAAGUCUAGAGGAACACCAACUUCAGCACAGCAACUCGAGGAAUGCUCCGUGUACCCCAAAUCGUCUCGAGAUGCGAGCUGAUUUCCUGGCUUAG